ACAAGCUCAAUGAUACACGAGUUGAGAUUAAUUAAGUACAUUCGAGAUUUACUUUUGGGAGUUUAGCACUAACUCGUCUUGCUACAGUGAUGUUACUUAAUUAAUUUCAAACAAGUCUCAUGUGUAAAAUUAAUUCGAAUAUCCAUUUCCGAGAUUGAGCUGACACGAAUAAAGAAAUAAAAAAAAAACAGACUCGUCGUAAACAUUAAAACUUUAUAAAAAGGAAAACCAAGACUAAAAAAUUUUUGGAACUUUUUGAUAACUACAUUGUACCUACCAUCAACAAAAAAUGAAAAUUAUAUAUAUUUAUUGGUUAGUCCAAUUCUCCUAGUUAUAUCCAUCAGUUUUUUAAAAGAAGAAAAAUCUUGGCCAAAUAUGUCAAAAUUUAUUUUUAAAAAAACGUCUAAUAUUUAAUUACUUACUCUAAUUUCCACAAUUACUCAAUUUUGUAGACCUACAUUUCACAUUGUUUAUUUUGUUUUGUUUUAUUUUUGUUCAAAUGCGAGAACCUUAAGGCCCCCACAGACGCUCAGUUUUUUAGCACAGGCCAACUGUGCGGGCCAAUUUGUGCAGUUUAACUGUAUUAUUGCCUGUCCCACACACACGCAGUUUUAUAGCAUAGUUCUUUCUAUACAGCUAACUGGGUAAAUUCACACUCAUUAGUUUUGGCACGGUUUUUCUAUACUUAGUAAAAGAAAAUGGCUUCUCGAGACACGGCAUUAUAUUGCAUUCUGCUUGCCUAUGCAAUAAAGAAAAAGCAAAAAAUGCAAUGGUUGGUUCAAAGAAGCAAAUGGACCAAAGAUUGGUUAGUCAAAAGAAAUGAUUUGAAACUUGAGAAGCAGGAUUGGUUUAACUACCUAAGAGUGGACGAGACAACCUACUUGAAAUUAUUGAAAUUCAUUUCUUCUUUAAUACAAAAACAAGACACAUGCAUGAGGCAAUCAAUUUCAUGCCAUGAGCGGUUAACAGCUACCCUAAGAUUUCUCGCUACUGGUCGAACGUAUGAAGAUUUAAAGUUUUCAACAAUAAUUUCACCUCAGGCAUUGAGACAAAUAAUACUAGAAACAUGCAGAGUCUUUCCACAAUCUGAGGAAGAUUGGAAAGCCAUAGUCAAACAACUUGAACAGAGAUCGAAUUUUCCACACUGCUUGGGAGCAGUUGAUGGGAAGCAUGUUAAUAUAGUGCCUUCUCCUGGUGGCGGAUCAUAUUUUUUCAAUUACAGAGCAUGGUUUUAAUGGAAAUUGCAAAUGCGAAUUGUGAAUUUCUAUUUCUAUUCUUUUUACCAUUUACUGGGUUCAAUCUUGGAAUACUUAAUAAAGGGGAAUAAUAUGUAUAGACUUUUUUG